AUGAGGAAGCUGCUUGCUGAAGGAGGUUUUGAGUUAAGACAGUGGGCUAGUAAUGCUGCAGGUAUCAUUCAUCAUCUGCCGAAGGAAGUAUUAUCUCAGAGUGUGUAUCCUUCUGUUGACCCCUGCUACAACUACACUGUGCUGGACGAUCCGUGGAGAGCUACCUGUAAUUCAUACGAUUCAAUCACGAGGUGUGACCAGUCAGUGACCUGGAGCGGCUGGUAUCGUCUCUUCAUUAACGGUCUGAGUGCUCAGAUCCCAGACACAUGUGUUGCUGAGUACAGCUGUGAUACUACUGUCCCACUGUGGAUUCGUGGUGGACACCCAACAGUUACAGAUGGAGUCGUCACUCGAGAUGUCUGUGGUCACUGGAUCAGUUACUGCUGCUAUUACGGGGCUUACCCUAUUAAAGUGAAAGCCUGUCCAGGCAAUUAUUAUGUCUAUGAGCUGAUUCAUCCCAAUGAUUGCAAUUUAGAAUACUGUGCAGUUGUUACUAACAUCAGCAGCACUCUUACAACAGUCACUCCAGAGACGAGCUCAGCUGUUAGAGAUAUUAAGGUGCCAGAAGAAUGCAACAGUCAGACCCCUGGAGGAUGUUUUCAAAAUAUUUUUGAGCAGAUUGAGAACAUCACAGAUCAAGAGCUUCCUUUAAAUACUGUGACAAACAUUUUGACUGUGGCCUUCAACGCUUCAGAGAAGAUUGUAGAGUCAUCAUCAUCAGCAAGCCGAGCUGAACUAGCCUCUUAUGGAAACCGUGUGUUAAAAACUAGUGAGAAGCUCAUUUCUACAUUAGUGAAGUCGACAGACACAAGUGCCAGUGUCAAUUUUACUCUUCCUGCUGUAGAGGGUCAAGUCUUCAUGGUUGGACCACGGGUCACCUUAAAUAAAAUGCCUCAACUUGACACAACAAAUUCUUCUGUGGACAUCGAUCUCAUUGGGAUAUCCAAGAACAACAUUGAAAGAUCAGCUGCUGUGGCUUUCAUGAGCUAUGUCACGAUGGAGAAUCUACUGAAGCCAGACUUCUUCAACACAUCAAAUGACACGAUUAAAACCAUGAUGUCCACUGUGAUCUCAGCUACUCUUCCCAAAACCACCAUCACUACACUCACCAAACCAGUCAACUUCACCCUUAGACACAUCAGAGAGUUUGAUCCCAGUAGUUCUCUGUCCUGUGUUUACUGGAAUAUCAGCGAGUGGAUUGGAGGUGGUUGUUCUGUUUUAGAGUCCAACAACAGCUACACUGUGUGUUCCUGUGAUCAUCUGUCCACAUUCGCUCUCAUCAUGCAAACCAGCCGCCCACCAGAGAGCAACUCUCAGCUAGAUCUGUUGAAUUUGGUGUGUGUGAUCGUGGGGCUGGUGUUCUUCAGUUUGGCCCUGUUGACCUUUGCCCUUUGUCAGUGGAGUCCUUUAGUGAAUAAUGUGGCUCGAAUCAACAUCUGCAUCAGUCUUCUGCUGGCUCACCUUCUGCUCCUGCUCACACAGCAGUUCCUGAGCCUCAUACGUCCUCUGAAGGUGUUGUGUGCAGUGAUCUCAGGCCUUCUGCACUUCCUCUUUCUCUCCGGCUUUGUGUGGAUGUUCAUUGAAGCUGUGCUGCUCUUCAUCUGUGUGAAGAACCUAUCAAAGAUCAGCUCUAAAAAGAGGGCGGUGCUUAGUACUGGAUUCCUUUGUGUGAUUGGAUAUGUGGUUGCUCUGGUUGUGGUGUGUGUGUCUGUCGGUCUGGUUCCUGAAGGCUACGGCAGCAAAGACUGCUGGAUUAAACUGGAUAAAGGCUUCAUCUGGAGUUUUCUGGGUCCUGUUUGUGUCAUACUAGCAUCAAACACGAUUCUCUUCAUCAGCAUUGUCAUCAGUCUGAACUCAGCUUUUAAAAGUCUCAAUGCUGAAGUUUCACAGAUUAAGCAAACCAAGAUUAUGGUGUUUAAAACACUGGCUCAGUUUGUGGUUCUUGGUUGCCCCUGGAUUCUGGGUUUCUUCACUAAUAACAUUAAAUUGCUGGUGAUCCUCUUCCUGAUCUUGAACUCCCAGCAGGGAACCUUCAUCUUCCUGAUCUACUGUGUCCUCAAUAAUAAGGUCAGGGAGCAGUACAGGAAGUUCUUCAGAUGUCUUUGCUCAAACAACACAGACAACUACAGCGUCACGUUCAGAUCUGUUUUCACUGUUCAUCUCUACUCCUCUCUGGUGUCCUGA